AUGACAGCAACAGUUCCAGCACGUUCACAUAGCUUCGAUCGUCAGCACCGCCUUUUGCAGCUCGACUGCAGCUCCGACCUGCGACACUAUUCGCGCAACCUCGGUCCAGGCGUCCAGGAGCGCAUCUUUCAAACAACGAGCGACGCACUGAGGAAACAACUGGACGAGCAUCGCGAUUUCCUACUUCAGCAUCAACAGCAACAACCGCGUUUGGCCCCUGCCUCCGUCGUCAGCGGCUCUACGCCCGCAACUCCUCACGCAUACCCGCAACCUCAUCCCUAUCCACAAGUUUCGCAGCCUCCGCUACAGGUGGCCACCGCACCCCAGCUGGUCCAUCGCCGCCCCGAACCUACUAUCGUCCCCGGCGACAUCAGCACAUAUCCGCUCGCCCUACGCGAUGCUCUGUAUUCGCAGAAAUUGAUUCCACGAGCGCACGAUGGCAGAACAGUAUACCAUGUUGUGGCCAGCAGCAAAAACCGUGAUAUGGGCGAGGACACAAAGGUUGUAGGGACUUGUGGAACCAUGCUGGCAGCAAACGAGCUCGCGGCGCGGUACUUUGUUGAACAUUGUAUGGGCGAUGUCGCUGAAGCGAAGUUUACACAGCUGGCGAGCGGCGCAUUGCACUGCGGUGCUGGGCCUCACAAUGUGUAUGUGCAAGAGGGCAGGAUGGAAUGA